CAAAACGAGCUCCGACAAUAUCUUACUUUUUAUUAUUUCUUUAUAUUUUGUUUAUUUAAAAUUAGUGAUACCGAAAAAAAAUAAUAAUAUAUCAUAGAAGAUUAUAUUAAAAAAUUGAACUUUGGCCUAAAAAGAUUUUCUGAAUCAUAAAAAAAAAGACAACAAUAAAAAAGUUUUUCCGGAUGACUAAUAAUCGAUUUGUGAAAAAUUUUUCAUUUUUUCUUUGACAAAAACGGGCGUUGAAAAACGUGACACAGUUGUCGAACUGCUCUGAAGAAUAUACCAAGAGUGAAAUAAUGAAAGUUUAUUUAGUACUAUUGACUUUAGCAGUCUUCGAUGUACUUGGGACUACCACGGGAUACCCAUCGCGAGUGAUUCUAUCAAAUGGGAGUGCAGUCACAAACAUCAAAGGUGUUUAUGAGGAUUCCAUUGCUGCUGCAUCUGAGGUUCAUAGCGCAGAUUACAAUGACUCAGAUGAUUCAGAUAUGUAUAUGGAACCAGAUGGAGCUGAAACCGUGAAUCAAGAAUCUAAACAAGCUACAAAACUACCAGUUACACUUUCAAUUGACGAAGGAUCAUUAUCUGCAGUGACAAUAGCAGCAGAUCUGGAAACUGAAGCUCAUAAAGUUGAAAUAGGACCAACAGCUCAAGAAGAUAAAAGUUUAGAACAAGAAAGUCAGAAUUUCUUUCCAUCAUUUGCAGAAUUAUUUGCCAAUCAUCGACUAACGUACAAUGAACAACAACAGCAACAACGUUAUCGCCCAAAUCGCUUCCUUGGUUAUUUUCAACGUGAUCGUAAUAAUGCCUAUCAAACAUCAGCAUCGACAUCCAAAGAUACACAACAUCCAUUACUAGGUUCAGGUAACUUUGGCGUUAUACGAGGUGGAACAUAUUAUCCUGACGAAAAAGAAAAUGACGAAUACAAUGUUGAUGAAAGUUUAUAUAAUCCUUACUAUUCGUCUAGUUCAGCUGCUAGAGGAAGAUCAACAAAUUAUUAUCGGAAUCCUAAGCCACAACCAGUGCGUGCUGGGGACUUUUUUUCAAAUUUUCGUGAUUUUGCUGAUAUUACAGCACCCCCUAAAUCUAGCUUCUCACAUUUGUCUGUUGUUUAUGCUAACAGAAACGACACAAAAAGUAGUAAAGCUGAAGGAUCCACAGAACCAAGAAAUAUUAUCGAAACUUUGAAGAUGUUAGAAGAAGAUAAUAUUGAGGACGACCUAAUGACAACGACUGAAGCACCGAUGAAAAAGUUAAGUCAAGGCAAAAGAAAACUUUUAAAAAUGAAACAAUACCAUGAAAGUAAAGCUAGAAAAUUUCGUAUGACAGUCGAGCCAUUGCUUGCUCUAAGUUGAGGUGACUAAUUAAUUUUAUUUAUAUUGAAAAAAUCAUGAUGUAUUCUUUAAGAGUGUGUAUUUUUUGUAUCGAGUGUGCGAGUGAUUUGGGAUGAUAUUACAUCCCGGACAUAAUCUGGCCUCGAGAGAUCAGAACCAAAGUUAAAAAAAAAAAAAGUUGACAUUCUUUUUUUCAAAGUUUUAUGCAACAGUACAUAAAAAAGUGUACGAAGAAUCGAUUGAUUUAAUUCUCAUCAGUACAACAUUUAACUAUAACCUAUAUAUAUGUAUAAGAAUUUGAGAGAUUCACGACUCGAAAGUUAUAAAAAGAAAAGUAAGAUACUGUAGUACUGAAAAAUCGAUUUGAUAUUUAUUAAUUAAUAUUUCACAAAAAUUGAGUCUUGAAUGUGUUUGGAUCAAUGAUUAUCUCUGUUUUUGUUACUAAACUAUGAAUUAAUAGACUCUAAUUUCUUAGUUUGUUUGUAGAAAAUUCAGAAUAGUUGUUUUGCCUCCUUGUUCGUAGAGUUCAUUUUUUAUUUUUUAAGAUCCAAAUUUUACGAGAUUUAAAAAUAUAAUCAAACAUACUUUUUUAUGCCUCUUCGUUGCGACUGUUAUUUUUUCUUUUUUUUUUUUUCAUGCAAUUUUAAAAUGUAACAGUACAAUUAUUUUUCCAUCAAUUAUAUGAACUCUGGUAAAGAUAUGUAGUUUCUAUUUAAUUUAUUACACAUCGUUUUAUUUUUUAUUUUCUUGUUUUUAUCGUAAGAGAGUCUAAAAGACUUUAUGUAACUUAUGUCCGAAGAAUACACCACUAACUGACGAGAGUUAGCCUCCUAAAAUUUUGUAUUGAAAUAAAAUUCUUUCUGAAUGGUCCAAAGUGUAAUAUACUAUAUAUUAAAUCACUACUUUUAAUAUUAAAUCAUAAAAUUUAAGUGAAAUAGAUGGUGUAUAUCUCUACUCAAUGAUUGAUUUUUUUUUAUUGGGUGAAUAGUUUUCAACAAAUUAUCUUUAUCCAUUGAGAAUAAAUCUUUUUUUAACAAUAAUAUAGCAAAUUAUUUUUACAUGAUUGCAUGACGCUAACUGAAAACAUUUAGCGGCGUUUUUCUCCAAGCAUUCAUAAUAUAAACUAUUGUAUACAUCUAAUAAAAUCGAGUAUUGUACUCUCGUGUGUUGACAACACUCGCUUCGCUCGUGCCGCCAAACCCUCACUCAAGUAUAAUACCGAUUCCAGAAGAUGUACACUAUUGCAGUGCUGAUGAGGGCUAAGUAACAAAAAAUCUAGUAAUAUGAUUUCACUUCUUAUUUAACGAUCAACUUUUCAAAGCAUUCAACUAUACUCUUGAUAUUACUUGAUAUUAUUGAUUAAUUUUUUCAACUCUACAUUUUGAGAAUAUUGUUAUGUCAUUUAUAUUUACACGCAUAAGAACAUUUAAGCAAAAAAAAUUUUGCAAAAAUUUCAUUAUUAUAUUGACAUUAAUUAGGCGUGAAUUGAGGGAUAUUGUUAUGUUAUUUGUUGUUAAGUAAUGUAGUGGUCACGAUAUUUUUUAG